AUGGACAAUGCUCAAAAAAUCUUGUACAGGGAUGUGAUGCUGGAGACCUACAGCAUCCUGUUCUCCUUGGUUGCUGUGAAAAGGGAUGACCUGGUUAGGAACAGCCAGGAAUGUCAGGACAAAAGUCUGAAUCUUAAUGUUAAGAAAAAUAACAAGACAUCAACUCCAAAGACAGUUGAAUUAAGAAAAACAUUUAAUUUAAGUUCAAGCCAUAUUCCCAAACUAAUUAUCAGGAAGAGAAAUUAUUUAAGAAUGAAACCUGAAGAAUGCAAUGUAUGUCACAAUGUGUAUCCCCAAAGUGGGUCUGAUCAACUACAAGCUGAAGAGAAAUUUGAUGCCACUAAGGUACCUGGGAACUCUCUCCAGUCCUAUGAGCCUCUUAGUCAGUGUCACAAGAUUCAGACUGUGAAGCAGACAUCUGAGCAUAUUGGACAAGGGAAAGUCUUCACAAGGAAGAUGUUCUGUAAGUCUGAGAGGGUUCAUAAGGGAGAAACCUGUAACAAGUCAACUAUCACUGUUGGAAAGGCAACUCAAAUAGUAAAUGCUUUCCAUGAAAGCUCUAACCUCAGUACACAUCAACAAACCCAUACCAGAGAGAAAUUUUAUGAAUAUGUUAGGUAUGUGGAGCCUGUUAUUUACGAAUCACAUCUUGCCAUAAAUCAGAGACUGCAUUUAGAGAAAAAGCCCUAUGCAGUACUCACACACAGGGAAACCCCAAUAUGUGUACAUGAUUGUAUUGAUAGUAGAAAAGCCUUUUUCCCAAAACCAUACCUCAUAACAGAACAGAGAAUUCACACAGAGGAGAAACCUCAUGAAUGUAAUGACUAUGGAAAAGACUUUUUGAACAAGUCCGACCUCAGUAAUCAGCAGAGAAUUCACAAAGCACAGAAGCCUUAUGAAUGCAAUGACUGUGGAAAAGCCUUUGGUCAGAAGUCAAACCUCACAAUGCAUCAGAGAAUUCACACAGGGGAGAAACCUUAUGAAUGCAGUGACUGUGGAAAAGCCUUUGGCCAGAAGUCAAACCUCAUAAUGCAUCAGAGAAUUCACACAGGGGAGAAACCUUAUGGAUGUGAUGACUGUGGAAAAGCCUUUGGCCAGAAGUCAAGCCUCAUAAUUCAUCAGAGAAUUCAUAUGGGAGAGAAACUUUAUGAAUGUAAUGUCUGUAGAAAAGCUUUUGGCCAGAAAGCAAGUCUUAUAAUGCAUCAGAGAAUUCACACAGGGAAUAAACCUUAUGAAUGCAGUGACUGUGGAAAAGCCUUUGGCCAGAAGACAAGCCUAAUAAUGCAUCAGAGAAUUCACACAGGGGAGAAACCUUAUGGAUGUGAUGACUGUGGAAAAGCCUUUGGCCAGAAGUCAAGCCUCAUAAUUCAUCAGAGAAUUCAUAUGGGAGAGAAACCUUAUGAAUGUAAUGUCUGUAGAAAAGCUUUUGGCCAGAAAGCAAGUCUUAUAAUGCAUCAGAGAAUUCACACAGGGAAUAAACCUUAUGAAUGCAAUGAGUGUGGAAAAGCCUUUGGCCACAAAUCAAGCCUAACAAUGCAUCAGAGAAUUCACACAGGGGAGAAACCUUAUGAAUGCAGUGACUGUGGAAAAGCCUUUGGCCAGAAGACAAGCCUAAUAAUGCAUCAGAGAAUUCACACAGGGGAGAAACCUUAUGAAUGUAAUGACUGUGGCAAAGCCUUUGGCCACAAGUCAAGCCUCAUAAUUCAUCAGAGAAUUCACAUGGGAGAGAAACCUUAUGAAUGUAAUGUCUGUAGAAAAGCUUUUGGCCAGAAAGCAAGUCUUAUAAUGCAUCAGAGAAUUCACACAGGGAAUAAACCUUAUGAAUGCAAUGAGUGUGGAAAAGCCUUUGGUCAGAAGGCACACCUCAGAAAGCAUCAGAGAAUUCACACAGGGGAGAAACCUUAUGAAUGCAGUGACUGUGGAAAAGCCUUUGGCCAGAAGACAAGCCUAAUAAUGCAUCAGAGAAUCCACACAGGGGAGAAACCUUAUGAAUGUAAUGACUUAGGAAAAGCCUUUGGAAAUAUGUCACAACUCAAUGUGUCAGAAAAUUAG